AUGUCGUGGGGUGGAUUCAAGAAAUCGAUAAACCGCGCCGGCACGACGCUCAUGCAAAAGACGGGUCAGGUGGAGCGCACAGUAGACAGCGAGUUCAACUCGACCGAAGAGCAGUACCGUACACUCGAGCGCGAAGUGACGUCGCUGCAGAAGGAGGCCAAGGCGUACCUCGAUGCCAUCCGAUCGCUCGCCUCGUCCCAAUCGCGCAUCGCCGAAGCCGUCGAUGGCUUCUACACCGACUCGUCUGAUGCUGCCAUGUCGGCCAACGCCUACCGUCGAGCCGUCGACGAACUCGACACCAAAACCGCCAAGGAGAUCGACGCCCCUUACCGCGCCACUGUGCUGGAACCCAUCGGCAAACUCGCAUCCUACUUCCCCGAAGUCAACAAGGUCGUCGAAAAGCGCAACAAGAAGCUGCUCGACUACGACGCUGCACGAUCCAAGCACCGCAAACUCGUCGACAAACCCUCCGACGACCCCACCAAACUACCCAAGGCGGAAAAGGAACUCGAAGACACCAGAGUCAUCUUUGAAACCCUCGACGACCAGGUCAAAGGAGAAUUGCCCCAACUCGUCGAUCUCAGGAUUCCUUACCUCGAUCCAAGCUUCGAGGCCAUGGUCAGGAUGCAGGCAAAGUUCGCAGAGGAUGGUUACGAAAAGUUGGGUGGCGUUCAGAGGUUCUUUGCAGACGGCGUGCGCGAGGAGUACGCCGACGGUCAGCUGGACGCCCAGGUGGAAGCCGUGCUCCAGGAGAUGCGCGAACUGUCCAUCUGCGGAAUCGGUCAAUAG